GUACUUUGUUUUUCCAAAAUAUUUCUCAAAGAAUUUCUCAAAAACACGCUUAACAGUAGCAUUCAGAAGUCACACGAUUACGGUUAAUCACUUCGCUUAUUUGGUUUGGCCCGAUCAUACAGCACCAUACAAUCCAGCCCCAAUGGUUGGCUGUCUGAAGCUUUGCAGACAGCUUGCUGAAACAAUCGACUAUGCAUGGCAGAAGAUUCGGAAAAACGCUGAAUUUCAAAUGAUUGAUGCAGUAAAAGAUUUGCGUAGGCAACGAUUUCAUGCAAUACAAUCACCAAUACAGUACAUAUUCUUACAUAUGUGUGUUCUCGAAAUGGCUGCCGAGGUAAGUUAG